UGCCCUAUGACGUCUACAGAGCUGACCACUCCUGCCUCACCGUGGUGCUGCCAGUGAACGCCUCCGUGCGCGAUGUGCUCCAGUCCCUCACCCGCCAAGAGGGCGGGCACGGCGAGCGCAUGCUGGUCAAGGUCAACUCAGCAGGGGAUAAAGCGGGGCUGCAGAUAGACACCAUCGGUGUGUACACAUCCCUGGGCCUGAACGAGAGACUCUUUGUUGUGACUGUCCAGGAGCUGCACACCCUGACCCCUCAUCCCGAGCAGCUGGGGCCCACCGUUGGCUCCUCAGAGACCCUGGACCUCAUCAGCUCCAAGGACUUGGCCAGUCAGCUGACGGAUUACGACUGGAACCUCUUCAGCAGCGUCCACCAGGUGGAGCUGAUCUAUUACAUCUUUGGGCAGCAGACGUUUCCCAGCGCGACCACGGCGAACCUGGAGCGCGUCAUGCGACGCUUCAACGAGCUGCAGUACUGGAUCGCCACCGAGCUCUGCCUCUGUGCGGAGCCGGGCAAGCGGGCCCAGCUGCUCAGGAAGUUCAUUAAGCUGGCUGCACACCUCAAGGAGCAGAAGAACCUGAAUUCCUUCUUCGCGGUGAUGUUUGGUCUGAGCAACACGGCUGUGAGUCGCCUCGCCAAGACUUGGGAGAGGCUGCCGCACAAAACCAGGAAGCUGCACUCAGCGCUGGAGCGUAUGCUGGACCCGUCCUGGAAUCACAGAGUCUACAGACUGGCCAUCGCCAAACUGACCCCGCCCAUCAUCCCCUUCGUACCCCUCCUUCUCAAAGACAUGACCUUCAUCCACGAGGGCAACCGCACGCUGGCAGAGAACCUCAUCAACUUUGAGAAGAUGCGAAUGAUGGCCAAGGCCGUACGUAUCAUUCACCACUGCCAGAGCCACACGUACGGUGAGUGCGCGCCAGGGCCUGUGGGCAGGGCCAGCACCCAGCCCUGGGGAAGGUCACCCUCCAGCCAGCAUCACACAGGGGCCAUGGCAGGUCGCGUCUCCU